UCCGUUCAUUGGCGUUGUUGGCGUAGAGGGCCGUAGUUCUGUGUCUCUGUGCUGGGCUUGGGGUAAGGAAGCUUUGUUCAUCGUCGCCAGCAUCGGGAAAAGUCGCAAUGGCCGCGAAAAAUCCAGAAGAUUUGGCCACAGCCAUCCUUAAGACUAAGCAGAAGCCGAACCGCCUGCUUGUGGAGGAGGCCAUCAACGAUGACAACUCUGUCGUCUCCCUGUCCCAGGGCAAGAUGGAUGAGCUGAUGCUCUUCCGAGGUGACACAGUCCUGCUGAAGGGCAAGAAGCGACGCGAGACGGUGUGCAUCGUGCUCUCGGACGACACCUGCCCCUCUGAGAAGAUCCGCAUGAAUCGCUGCAUCCGCAACAACCUGCGCGUGCGCCUAGGCGACGUGGUGAGCAUCCAGCCCUGCCCAGACGUCAAGUAUGGCAAACGGAUCCACGUGCUGCCCAUUGAUGACACCGUCGAGGGCCUUUCAGGGAGCCUAUUUGAGGUCUACCUGAAGCCAUACUUCCUGGAGGCCUACCGGCCCAUUCACAAGGGCGACCUCUUCCUUGUCCGCGGUGGCAUGCGGGCAGUCGAAUUCAAGGUUGUUGAAACAGACCCAUCGCCCUACUGCAUCGUGGCACCAGACACUGUCAUACACUGCGAUGGAGAGCCUAUCAAGCGUGAGGAGGAAGAGGAGUCCCUGAACGAGGUUGGCUAUGACGACAUCGGUGGCUGCCGCAAGCAGCUGGCACAGAUCAAAGAGAUGGUUGAGCUACCAUUGCGACAUCCAAGCCUAUUCCGCGCGAUCGGUGUCAAGCCUCCACGUGGAAUUCUUCUCUAUGGCCCACCUGGCACAGGGAAGACGCUCAUUGCCCGUGCAGUCGCCAACGAGACUGGCGCUUUCUUCUUCCUCAUCAAUGGGCCUGAGAUAAUGAGCAAACUGGCUGGCGAGUCCGAGAGCAACCUGCGCAAGGCCUUUGAAGAGGCCGAGAAGAAUGCACCAUCUAUCAUCUUCAUUGAUGAGCUGGACGCCAUUGCCCCAAAGCGCGAGAAGACACACGGUGAGGUGGAGCGCCGGAUCGUGUCUCAGCUCCUGACGCUUAUGGACGGUUUGAAGCAGCGCGCCCACGUCAUCGUCAUGGCUGCCACCAACCGACCGAACAGCAUCGACGCUGCCCUUCGGCGAUUCGGCCGCUUUGACCGAGAGGUGGACAUUGGCAUUCCUGAUGCAACCGGCCGUCUAGAGAUCCUGCGCAUCCACACCAAGAACAUGAAGCUGGCUGAAAAUGUCGACCUGGACAAGAUAGCGGCUGAGACGCACGGUUUCGUUGGCUCUGAUUUGGCUGCACUCUGCUCCGAGGCUGCUCUGCAGCAGAUCCGUGAGAAAAUGGACCUCAUUGACCUUGAGGACGACCAGAUUGACGCUGAGGUGCUCAACUCAUUGGCCGUUACCAUGGACAAUUUCAGGUGGGCCAUGGGCAAGUGCAGCCCCAGUGCACUACGCGAGACUGUUGUCGAGGUGCCCAACGUGACAUGGAUGGACAUUGGAGGGCUGGAAAACGUAAAGAAGGAGCUGCAGGAGAUGAUCCAGUACCCUGUAGAGUACCCAGACAAGUUCCUCAAGUUUGGCAUGACCCCAUCAAGGGGUGUACUCUUCUACGGACCACCUGGCUGUGGUAAGACGCUAUUGGCCAAGGCUAUUGCCAACGAAUGCCAGGCCAACUUCAUCUCAAUCAAGGGCCCCGAGCUACUGACCAUGUGGUUUGGAGAGUCUGAGGCCAACGUGCGAGACGUCUUUGACAAGGCACGAGCAGCAGCCCCGUGUGUGCUCUUCUUCGAUGAGCUCGAUUCCAUUGCAAAAGCCAGAGGUGGCAACGUCGGCGAUGCCGGCGGUGCUGCUGACCGGGUGAUAAACCAGAUUUUGACAGAGAUGGACGGCAUGAGCAGCAAGAAGAACGUGUUCAUCAUUGGCGCCACCAACCGGCCUGACAUCAUCGACCCGGCCAUUCUGCGACCCGGCCGCCUUGACCAGCUCAUCUACAUCCCCCUCCCAGACGAAAAGUCACGCGUUGCCAUCCUCAAGGCCAACCUGCGCAAGUCCCCACUCGCACCCGAUGUGGACUUGAACUACAUAGCCAGUGUCAGUCCAGGGUUCAGUGGUGCCGACCUCACAGAGAUUUGCCAGCGAGCUUGCAAGUUGGCCAUUCGGGAGUCCAUCGAGCAGGAAAUCCGCAGAGAAAAAGAGCGUUCCCAGAACCCUGAUGCAAACAUGGAUGUUGAGGAACACGACCCUGUGCCUGAGAUCCGCAAGGACCACUUUGAGGAGGCCAUGAAGUUUGCCAGGCGUUCGGUGAGCGAGAACGACAUCCGCAAGUACGAGAUGUUUGCCCAGACACUGCAGCAGAGCCGAGGAUUCGGCACAAAUUUCAGAUUCCCACCAUCCCAGCCGGCUGGGACAGGCGGCACCAGUGGGAACAAUCCAAAUCCGGCGUCGAACUUCCAGGAAGACGACGACGACCUCUACAGCUAAUGGGGAUUUGGGAGGCGAGAGAGAAGCCACACGGUGUACAUAUAAGCAGCGGGCCCUUGUAUUUAACCUGCGCCCUUGGGAUAAAAAAAAAAGUGGGGGGACCGCCACAUGCAGCCACGCGCAGUCUCAAUAAAACAGGAGUAUUUUCACUCGUU